ACAAAGAGAUCCUUGAGUGGAGGGAAGUAUUUGGUUUGGCCAACGGCUAGUUCUCUCUUUCACUCACCCUUUGAACUCAAGCAAAGCUGUUAGAUUUUUGGUCGCCAUCUACCUUCCUUUCCCUUUAAUUAAUCCCACUUUAUUUCUUCCAUUCCGAAUCAGAUGUGAAUCGUUAACAGCUAGGUCGCAGAUCUCGGAAAUGGCAAUAUCAAGUGAUAUGGAUGAUGGGGAAGCUCGAAGCCCGCCGGUCGGGUUCUUGUUGAGGAUGGUGAUGAGGGUGGCGAGAGCUAGGUGGUUUGGGUUCUUGAGGAGAGUGUUUCAGUACCAGAAUGGUGCAAGAUCUGAUUUCAGAUCCAAUCCCUUUAAUUCCAGGCCAUGGCUUCUGCUAGAGUUUAUUGCUCUGGCAGUGCAGAUAUUUUGCAUCACAAUUGUCAUGGUUUUGUCCAAGAAGGAGAAGCCAGUUUGGCCUGUAAGGAUUUGGAUUGCUAGCUACAACAUAGCCAAUAUUCUCAGCAUACCAUUUCUUUAUAUGCGAUUUCGAUUCUCCAACUCAAGCCAAGUUCAUGGCUUGACCUCUGAUUUGGAGCAGCAGAGAAGUUCAGAUGAAUCCAGGAGUUCUCAUCUAAUGAACAAGGGGAGGCCAUACCUCGAGCUUUUCUACGCAUUGUGGUUUGUGAUGGGCAAUGUCUGGGUGUUUGAUUCGCGCUUGGGCUCGUUUAAUCGAGCGCCGAAACUUCAUCUCCUCUGCGUCGCGCUUCUUUCCUGGAAUGCGAUGAUCUAUUCUUUCCCUUUCCUUUUGUUUUUGCUGCUCUGCUGCAUUGUGCCGCUUGUUAGAAAUGUUCUUGGCUACAACAUGAAUUUGGCUUCGAGUGCACGAAGGGCCACGGAUGAUCAGAUCUCCCGGCUCCCAUGCUGGAGAUUCAAAGAGGUUGAAGCUGAGGAUGAGGCUGAAGUUGAUAAUUCAGAGUGCUGUAUUUGCCUUGCCAAAUAUAUGGACAGAGAAGAGGUUAGGCAGCUGCCAUGCUUGCAUUUAUUUCACCUGAGAUGUGUUGAUCAAUGGCUAAAGAUAACAUCUUGUUGCCCUUUGUGCAAGAAAGAGCUUGAGAAAUGAUCAAAAACAGUAUUUGUUGGGCACUUCAUUGAUUUGCAUGAUAAUCCUUCUUCUUUUUUCUUCCUCUUGCACCUCUUUGUACAUAAAUCAUAAGUUUUCAGUAUACCACACAGCUUAAACUGUUGCUGUAUCAGCAGUUUGAAUGGAUUAGAGAGUUGAAUUUCAAUUAUUUAUUUCAGAAGAAAAUAAUCUAAGUUUUUAUUGCGAAUUAAUGUGUAGG